UUAAAGAUAGCAGCUAUAAAAAUCAGGGUUUGGUAAGAGAUGCUUUGCAAGGACAACCAAAUCAAAGUGCAAUUUGCUCAGGUGAAAGAGUGGCCAUUAAGGGGCCAGGGGAACCAGAGCCGCCUCAGAAUCCAGCAUAUGUAGUUGAUGGGGUUGGUUCAAAUGAACCCAUGGACUCUGAUUUAAGCAUGAUUCAUCAUUUGAAUGACGAUAUCUGUGCUUUAAGUGAGAGGGUGACAACUCAGAAGUCUUCUAUUAGGAAGGAGAGGCAUGAAGUGGAUUUGGAGACAACAUGGGAGACAAGGAAAUCAAAGAGGAAAGUGGCCUUCUCUGCAUCACCAGAAUGGGCUGCAAUGAAUGAUGACUCCUUUGCGUCCACGGUAGAGGUUGAUAAAAUGGUCGAUGAGGCCUUGGAUGUUAUGGCAAUGAGGGUUAUAGAGAGGGCUUCAAAGUGGGCCUCGCAGAAGAAUGCAGCCUUAUAUGAAGCUCAAGACCAAAUUGCAUUCUUGCGCCGAAGUUUGGAGGAGGUGCACCCUCAAAAAGAGGAGGAGCAUGCAAAUGCAUCAAGGGCACAAGCUGAGGUCAAGGAGCUAUGCCUGAGGGCACAAGCCGACGCUAAGUCAACACAAGCAGAGGUGUUGAAGGCACAUGCUGAGGCUAAGGAUGCACACUUUCAGAAAGAAGCAGCACAAGCUGAGGUGUUGGCUAUGAAAGUUCGAGAUAGGAGAAGUCAGAUAGCAACAUCUCUGGGUAUUCUCCCAGUUCCGCAGACUUCUCAGGGGCCUUCGACUAGCGAGUUUGAGCGGUUGCGUUCUCGGGUCAUUCUUUAUUGGUCCGAGUGCCAGAGGCUCCGAGCUGAGAGGGACCAUGCCUUACAUGAGCAUGCGAGCAGUGCAGCCGUCGUGAUUGCCUUGGAGACAGCGUUGGCUAUCGGAGGGUCCGACCCCUCUCCGAUCAUAGAUCGUGCCUUAGCCCGAUGCCCUCGUCCUCCUCCUUUGGAGCGCACGCAGAGCCUAGCCAUAUCUGGUUGUUCUUUACGAGUAGGAGCAGGAGGGUCUCGUAAGGUGGAGAGUACAUCACGACCAAGAGCAGAUGACCAGGAGGCUGCCUCAUCUCAUCGGUCUUCCAGGGGUCGUUCAUCCCAUAGCCCUGGGUUUUGAUUUUGAUAGAUAGUUCCUCAUUGGGCUUUACAUUCCUCUUGUGAUCGACCUGUUGGAUUCGUAUUUUCCUUUAGUCACCGCAUUUCGCAUUGUCGUUUGCAUGGAUGAUUUUUGGUUUUGUGCUAAUCAUAUGGUAUGUCCGUUGAUUGCACGUAUACACGCCCAGCCUGGUCGGCCUGGCUCGGCCCGGCCCGGCCUUAAGAGCACCACGGCCGUUGGGCCUCUCUCUGGUCAGGUCUGGACCUAGGCCAAGGACAGGGCCUAUUUGGCUGGGUCGGCCUAGGAAUUUGAGCAAUCAUUAAAUUCCAGCUCUCACAUGUCUCUACCUUUAAGGAGAGAAAUGCUAAAGGUUCAUCUAUGUAUGCGCUCGCGUGACAAUAGUAUAUGAUUGCUCCCUCGCGUGACAAUUGUGUAAGAAUUUCGUGAU